AUGACAAGUAGCUCGUCACAAUCAAGCAAUCAGGAAAACAAUAAUCAGUUCAUGAAUAGAUUCCUUCCGCCACUCAAUCAGUCAAAUGUUUACCAGUCGGCUUUGCAAUCGUCUAUGAUCGAUCCGAUUGGCUCUAUUGUUGGAUUACGAUUGCUGUAUGUUAAUGGACAGUUGGUCUACGUUCCAGUAGAGCCUCACAUUAACCUUAUGAUCAACAAGCAGUUCGGAGGUCAGAUACAAACAACUGGGCCACCGAUUAUGCUGCCGCAGGUCAGCAAUUUUGUUCCAGAGCGAGAUUUUAGAUUUGUAUGCUUCAGAUACAUCAAAAUGUUCCAAUUCUCCCGCAGAAUUCUAUGCAGCCAAUGCAAAAUGUGUCAUCUGCUAAUCAACUGGUUCGAAGUCAAUCGAGACAGAACGUUAAUGAAAGCCGACAAGUUCCCUCUCAGUCGGCAAAACAGCAAUAUCGAAAUAACGCGAUGAUGUCGAAAUAUGGAAGCCUUCCCAACCUGUCCCAAAAACCGUGAGAACAGAUUGAAAUUUCUCUGGCAUUUUGAAAAAUUUCAGAUUCAUCAGCACACAAGAGCAGCACAAACUGGAGCUCCAGCAGCAAAUCGACGACAACAAACGUCGACGGGAAAUGGAAAAACAGAAAGAGUUGGACAUGGAACAACGAGAGAUACAAAAAUGGGAAGAGUAUCAGAAAAGGGUCAAAGAAGAGGAAGACAGGGAGAGAAGAAAAAUUCAGGAGAAGGCCAGGGCAAUGGAGUUGAGAAAUCAACAUGUUUAUGAAAAGCAACAGGUUAGUCUUUUCUAUGCAAAUCAAAAGUUCAAAACUCAGGAUUUGAAAAAUUGUUUGAAUGUGGCCCAGGAACUUUUCCAAAUUGAGUUACUUAUUCUUCUUUUCAAAACUUUUGAGAUAACCUUGUAAAGUCUGGCCUUUUGUCAAUUUUCAAGAUCUAAUUCCAGAUUCAGUCGCAAAACCGAAAUAACGAACGUCGUCAGUCAGUGGAGAGGCCGCAGUACCAACAAGACUACCGUAGCUAUCCUGAAGAUGAAGAACCGAUCAGACCUUCUCAGAACAUGCGAAACUCCAACUCGUUUUCUGGUUGGUUACCCGCACAUUAGUAUCUGGUUGCAUCUAACUGCGAGGUUUUAGAAUACUCGGAACGCCGUCCGAAUUCUCGGUCCAUUAGAAAUCAGCCAAGAUAUGAACAGCAGCGGGAAAUGCCCCGGGAACAAAGACCUGAUUCCUCACAACCCAGAAAAACUGAAUGGUGGGAAAAGAAGCCUAGCUGGCAAGACAGGGUUUGUUAAUGAAUGAUCACUUCAAUUCGAUGCUUCGUAUUCAGGAUGCCGACCGUCAGAGUGCCGUAGUUCCAGCUUUACGCGGAAAACCUCCCGCAGUGCCCGAAAGCCAGAGGUUAGUCACAUUGGAUUACUAAUGAGUUGGUAAAAUGAGAUGUUUUCGCUUUUUCAGGAGUGGUUAUGAUUCUUCUGGGAAUGCGGCUGAGCAUCAAAGUCGGCCUAGCUCACGUACGACGUCAAGCUCUCAAAGAUCAGACUCGCAGUCAGAUGAACCGAUCGUUUCGAGACAUCCAACCGGAACAAGGAAAACACCGACUGCAUUUACUAUCAGUGCCUAA